UUGCAGGACUUUACAUUAGAUUUUUAUUUGAGGCAGAGUUGGAACGAUCCGCGACUUGCCUUUAGACAUCAUCAUUACAGCAUUUUCGGUGAAGAUAUCGAAUCGUUGACGCAGACAAACGCGGUGGUCAUUGAUAUCUGCAGAAGUGCUGCAAAAGCGUUUAAUUCAGAAAAGACAAUUCAGGUCGGUGUAGAUUACCUGCAGAAGCUGUGGAAACCAGAUACAUUUUUCCCGAAUGAAAAAAAAUCAUUUUUCCACAUAGCCACGACGCACAAUUCAUUUUUGCGAAUCGACCCGAACGGCAACGUUCUAACCAGCCAAAGGUCAGCAAGUCUUCGAAUUUAA